AUGCACGAUUUCAACGUGCCCACCAAAUUUGGCCAGGCGAUUGUUCGCAUUGCCUUACCUCCUGCAUCGCUUCUUGCCUUCCCUUCUAACGAGCUUCCGGUGACAAUUCCCGCGCCUCAUGUCGAUUCCCCAACAUGGAAGCAGCCCUUCAACAUCCCGAAUGAUCUUUACAACCAGGUGCUCGACGUCCGGCUACCAAUCACAAUCGCCAGUGUCUAUGCGUUCACUGUGGUCCUGAUCAAUCGCAUCAACAAGAGUCGUGGGUAUAAGCCAUAUGCCUUGAGCAACACCCGCUUGUUCAAGCUUUUUGUCGUUCUCCACAAUGUCUUCCUAGCUGUGUACUCCGCAUGGACCUUCGUGGGCAUGUUCCAGGCAUUCAGAAGCUCUUUCCCGGAUAGCGACGGCCCUCACGGACUGGUUGAAUUUGUGGACUCGCUGUGCAAGAUCAAUGGACCCCGCGGUUACGGUAAUGCCGCCAUCUAUAGCCCUGUCACUGACAAGUGGUCGAUUCCCAACCCCACUUUCCACCUCACCAACGGCAUGCCAGAUCCCACGGAUGCCGGCCGUCUGUGGAACCAGGGCUUGGCUUACUUCGGCUGGUUCUUCUACCUGUCCAAGUUCUACGAAGUUGUCGAUACCGCGAUCAUUCUAGCCAAGGGCAAGAAGAGCUCUACCCUACAGACCUACCACCAUGCAGGAGCCAUGAUGUGUAUGUGGGCUGGUAUCCGCUACAUGGCAGCUCCGAUUUGGAUCUUUUGCCUGGUUAACUCAGCCAUUCACGCGAUGAUGUACACCUACUACACCAUCACGGCUCUCCGCAUUCGCGUCCCUAAUGCCAUCAAGCGCAGCUUGACCACCAUGCAAAUCACCCAGUUCGUCUUUGGAACCAAUCUGGCCGCCGCCCACCUAUUCGUCCACUACACUAUCCCCUACCCAUCCGGUAGCGCUGCCCUGCAGCAGCUGACGAACGCCGCUUCCGCUGCCGCCUCUGCUACCGCCGAGGUUGGUUCGAUCUCCUGGUUGAAGAAGUUGGCAUUCCGGGCUGCGGGCGCAGAAGGACUUGCCGAGAAUGUGGGCACUUCUUUCCACGCUGCCCCUGUCCAGCAAUCCGGCUACUCCCAGCAGAUGGUGACCUGUGCAGACACCGCCGGACAGGCUUUUGCUAUCUGGUUGAACGUCUGCUACCUUCUUCCCCUCACCUACCUCUUUGCGCGCUUCUUCGUCCGUUCCUACCUGAACCGCAAGGACCCCGGUGUGAAGCAGCUUAAGCACAUGGAGGCCGCCGAGAAGGCCAGUAUGGAUGCUCUGAAGAGUCUGAGCCGCGAGAUUCAUAAGGCUGCCAUUGAAGGCGAGAACAGCGACGUUACCACCGAUGAUGAGGUUCUCAAGGCUCAGGUCCUGAAGGUCGUCGAGAAGGUCAUCCCUGACUCGCCGGUCCGUACCCGCUCGGCUGCUGCUUCCCAGACAAAGACUGCCUCGGCAUCAGUCAGUCGGUCGGAGUCCGAAGAAGGCUUUGCAAAAGUUCCCGCCAAGAGGGGCGCUAAGAAGCAAAAGGUCGAAAAGCAAUCUUCCUCCAGCCCGAGCACAAAGGGUGAGAACCCAUUCGGGGUAUUGGAUAACAAUGCUUGA